AUGUCCGAUAGAGAGAAGAAGAAGCUCGCCAAAAGACUCCAGGGUCUCUUGGAUCGUCUUUACCUAGUGGAGGAUAAUGGUGUAAACGUCUCAGAAACCUUUCACAGAUUGCCGCUGCGCACUGGUACUGACUACUAUAAGGUGGUGUUGAACCCACUCUCGUUGCACGCGAUCGGCCGCAAGAUCAAGAAGUUCAAUUACGAUAAUGCCCAGCACUUCAUCGACGACUUGGCGUUGGUGUCGUGGAACGCCAGAUUGUACAACCGCAAGGAUUCCAUUUUCUAUAGACAUGCCCUCAUCUUGAAACAAUUCGUGUUGACCGUGGCGUUGCCCAAGUUGAGUGCAGACAGAGGCAUAGUCAACCACCGCACGUUGUCAUAUCCUAGAUUGGGCGACUUGCCUGACGAUAUUGGCGACAAGCUCACUGCCGACGACGUUCACUUCAGUGAGGCCCCCGAGCCCAGAGAGUUCGAACAUAGCGUGACCCCACAAUCAGAGCCCUAUGUCUCCACUCCGUUGUCCUCGUACCAACACAUGCAGGUUCCUGAAAUCCCUCCUCAGCCAUCCUACUUGCCCACCAUGAUGAACAAAUUGAGCACACCCACCCCAUCGUAUAACAAAACACCCAAGCCUGCCGAAAGCGGUAUUAGAAGAGGAAGACCUCCAAUUAUCGAUAAGCCAUUUGAAACAAGAAUCAAGUUGAUUUUAAAGCAGUUCAAGAAGCUCCGUGACCCCAACAAUGAAAAUAGACUGUUGACCCAGCACUUUGAGAAGUUGCCCGAUUCGAAGGUGUAUGUCGAUUACUACAACAGAAUUCCUAAUCCAAUCAGUUUGAAUGAAAUCAAAAUCAAGGUCAGAACUAGAAAGUACACCAAUGUGGAGCAAUUCAUCCAUGAUUUGGAUGUGAUGUUUGCCAACGCCCAAAUGUACUACGAAACUGACCCCUACAGCGAGGAAUAUAUUGAUUUCGUGAACUUCAACAAGGAAGCACAGGUGAUCAUCCAGCAGGAAAUCAACAAGAGUGACAGAGAAUUGAUAGGCCAGAGCACCUCUGGGAACGAUGGAGUCAUUAGAUACCCCUUGGAUUCUUUGGAAGUCAACGGUUUCACCUACAAGAUUGGUGACUGGGUGUUGAUUGCCAACCAUAACGACCCAGAAAAGCCUACUGUUGGCCAAAUCUUCCGGUUGUGGUCAACCGAGGAUGGAAACAGAUACACCAACGUGUGUUGGUACUAUCGUCCCGAACAGACCUGCCACAAGUCUGAUAGAUUGUUCUUCAAGAAUGAAGUGUGCAAGACUGGCCAGUACCGUGAUCACUUGGUCAACGAGAUUGUGGGACCAUGCUACGUGGUAUUCUUGACCCGUUACCAGAAAGGUGAUUUACCCGAGGGGGUUGUUCCCCAAGGAGCCCCAUGGUUCAUCUGUGAAUUCAGAUAUAAUGAGUCCAGUCAUGUUUUCAACCGUAUCAGGACCUGGAAAGCCUGUUUGCCGGACGAAGUCAGAGACAAUUUUGAACAACCGUUGGUUCCUUUGAAUGAGCCCAGGAAGUUGAUCAAGUAUGAAUCGCCAAUCAAGUCGUUGUUACCAGCCGAUGCCCACAUAGGCAUGCGUAUUAGGGAGCCAACUCAAGGUCCACACACGAACUCGCCUCCAUUGGCAGGCCUGGUUUACCUUGCGCCCCCCGUCCCCGAAGAUGAUUUGGGUCAGUACAUCUCCAGUCCCAACGUAACCCGCAUGGCCGACCAUGACGACCAUGCCUCUGGUCGCCAAGCGUUCCUCUUCACACCUAUCUCCCAGUUGAAGGGUGGAGGUGGAGCGACCAACACCAUCUACACAACCAGUCACGCCCCCAUCCACUCGGCAGGAGGCGUUUCUGUGGAGUCCCACCAUUCGCCAGCUCCGGCGUACGAAGACAAUUCGUACCUUCCCAACUCAUACAAGCUGUUGCAGCUCCAAAUCCAGGAGAACCAACAGAAGAAGUUGCAGGAGCAGCAGCUCCAACAGUUGCAGCACCAGCAGCACCAGCAGCUCUUCAGAAGAGUGGAAACCCCGGCCCCCACCAACCUCAUUCCCGAAGGCGUGAACUACCAUGCGGUCACCUCGGCCUACUCUACCAUGUUGGCAGGAGGCGUUCUCUCUUAUGGGAUCGAGGAUGCAGGUAAAUUGGCAGACGUUGGAGAUCACGUCAACAAGAAGAUCAAGUUGGUGGGCGAAUCGGAAAUCGUGUUCUACAGAGCACCACCAAUUGCCAACCAGGGCAACAGAAUCAUCACCAACAAUAGCCUUCAGUUCGGCCACUCGGCCAAGUAUUUGGCCUGGAAGGCCAGACAGACUUCUAGCUAG